CGUAGUUUUGGUCUUCUGCGUUGCAGAUGAACCCGUGGACAUGUCUGAGAAAGAGCUGAAAGAAGCAUUUGUCAGUAAUCUCAACGGAACCACUUUACAGGAAGUGGUGGUGGGCUCAUUUCUCACCCCUCUGUGCAUCCUCAAUCGAGCGCUCAUUCUCAUCCUCCACCAUCAAGCCAAGGGGAGUCUCCCUCUGCCGUUUCCACAGAUUUCUCACCUGCUUCUCGAUUUCUCGGCGCUGGUCCUCCCCCUCGUGCUGUCCUGCACCAUCCUGAGCGAUGUUCUUCUUCAGGUGGUCCUGAGCUUCACCUUUGUGCUGUCAUGUGCGCUUUGCCGCAUCUGCCGCACCGAGCGCCAGACCACUCUCGGCGCCUUCCUCGGCGGGACCGCUCACUUCAGACAGGUUCCCUUUGUGACCGUCUUUCGAGUGAUGGUGAACGUGCAAACAGCCAUCAGUAUUCUCGCUGUGGACUUUAGAGUCUUCCCAAGGCGAUACGCUAAAACGGAAACGUACGGAACUGGCGUUAUGGACUUCGGGGUUGGCGCAUUCAUCCUCGCCAAUGGUCUGGUCUGCCCAGAAGCACGUGGGAGGAACGUGUCGGGAUCCAGGAUGAAACAUAUCUCCAAGCAGCUCCGGUCUGUGUGGCCCCUGGUUCUCCUCGGUGUGGCGCGACUUGUCUUUGUCAAAAUGAGGAACUACCAAGAACAUGUGACCGAGUAUGGCGUCCACUGGAACUUUUUCUUCACACUGGCCGUUGUCAGAGUUGUGACAAAAAUGGUUUUGGUUGUUGUUUCGGCACGAAAGUCGUGGGUUUUGUGUCUUGUCAUCUGUGGAGUUUAUCAGUGUGCUUUGGAGACAACAGGCCUGAAGGCUUUCAUCAUGCACAACCAUGACAGAGGAAAGGACUUCCUGCAUGCUAACAAGGAGGGGAUAUUCUCUAUAGCAGGUUUUGUUGCCAUUUACAUGGCGGGAGUUCAGAUUGGAUGCUAUGUGAUGCAGCCCAGAUCCCACGUUAGAGACUGGCUCAAAGCCAUUUUUACCCUCCUCACGGCAACUCUGCUAUUAUUUGCUGCUUUGUGCGCGUGUCAGGCUUUUGUGGAGCCGGUGUCUCGCCGCUUGGCUAAUUUACCCUUCUGCCUCUGGAGCGUCGCUCAGUCGCUGCUUUUCCUGUCCUGCAUCGCUUUAGCCGACGUGAUUUUACUCUUUUCCCAGACAGCUUCCGGCUGCCACUUUGUGCCGUCGUCGUGGAAUUCAAAUUCAGACUCCUGGAAGAAGAAAGACGAGAUGGAAGGCUUGUGUCUUGUUCAGGCUGUCGACAAGAAUCAGAUGUUGUUUUUCUUGCUUGCAAACCUCUUGACAAUAUUCACCAACAUCUCGCUGGACACGCUUGGCUGCAGCAGCUUCUUUUCGGUGUGUUUUUUGUUGUCAUACAUGUUCGUGAAUUGCUUGGGAAUAUAUGCUUUACACCUUUUUGGAAUAACAGUUAGAUUCUAAAGUCUUUCUCCCAACAGUUUGAAGUGAAAGUUUACUGCUGUGUUUUUAUUUGAAAGCGGAAGACGUUUUCUCAUGUACAUGAA